AUGAUUGCAUUAAAAUGUCGCAACGUUGGGCAUAUCGUUGUUACUGUAGCUUCAUUUGGAAUUGUAUCAUUGUUAUUGGUAGAAGGUCGCACUACACAUUCAACAUUUUUCAUUCCAUUAGAUGUCUUGGAAGAUUCACUUUGUGAGUUUAGCAAACAACAAUUACAAGCUGAGUUGUUUAGAGAAACAAAACUCAUAAUUUGGGAUGAAGUUCCUAUGCAACAUAGACAUUAUGUUGAGGUAGUUAAUUGUGCACUAAGGGAUAUUUGUGACAGUGAAAAGCCAUUUGGGGGUAUUACUGUUGUUCUUGGUGGAGACUUUCGACAAAUCUUACCAUUUAUACUCAAAAGAGUACGUGAGCAAAUUGCGAAUGCAUCACUUAGACUCUCUAUUCUACGAAAGCAUAUACGUAUCUUAACUUUGGAUUUGAAUAUGCGCUUGAAUCAUGAAAACCAUGACAAUGCUAAUUUUGCAAAUUUCUUGAUGGAGUAA